CGUCAACAUCACUGCUCUGAAACUCCGUUGACCACGAAAAACAAAAAACUUCAUAGAUUUAUUAAAAAAUAAUAUUUUCCUUUUAUAUUUUGUUAAAAAAUGUCCCGUCAAACAUCUCGUUUGGAUACGAAAAAAGUGUGAACUGUACUGCCUCCUCCUACAUUCUUGGAUAAUCAGUCGUAUUGUAAUAAAAAUAAAAACAAAACCCAGUUGAAAUCAGAAAUGGAGAGCUCAAACAACGAUCAAUCUCAAAGUAAUCAAUCACAACAACAGCAACAAAUUAGGCAAUUAACCCAAGGUGGACAGACGGCACAGCUGCAGGUCAUUCCUGUAAUGCCUAAUAAUGGUGGACAGUUGAUUCUGGGACAGCAAGUGCACCAGGGACAACAGCAACUCAUACCAUUGCAAGGAGGUCAAAUUAUGCUACAAUCAGCCCCACAACAGUCGUCACAACCGGUCCAAUUGGUUCAACUUCCCGAUGGACAAACCUUCCUUUAUCAACCAGCAAUGUCUGUGGACACGAAUCAAUCGGCGUCAGCUUCCAACCAACCGCAAAUUAUCAACAUUAACGGGCAAUUGAUACAAAUUCCGGCUGCGAAUACACAAAACAUUUCAAACGCUCAGCCACAGAUCAUAGUAAUGCCCCAAUCGGCUGCGACACCUGUCACGUCUAAUAAUGUGCCUCAAUCAACCACGGCCUCGACCAACACCAACACCAACUCUCAGCCGGUUGUUGAAACACAACAAACUACGAACACCUCAUGCGUUGGCACCAUUACUAACUCCGCAGACGAAGAGAGUAAACCUGACGCAGAGGAGGAACCUCUUUACGUGAAUGCCAAGCAAUAUAAGCGGAUUCUUAUACGCAGACAGGCUCGGGCCAAACUCGAGAGCCGAAUACCAAAAGAACGUUCGAAAUACCUCCACGAGUCGCGACACAGACACGCCAUGAAUCGUGUAAGGGGUGAGGGUGGCCGGUUUCAUUCAACACCUGGGGUUCCCGAGAAACACAGCGGCUCCCAGUCUCAUCACAACUCUCGUUCGAUGCCCAGUCGUCCGGUCACACAACCGAAGCUAAUUGCUCCACAUCAACAUCAAUCACCCACCAUCACGAUUACCGUUAUAAAAUAGGGAAACUUUAAUUUAAAACAAAAAUCGACUUUUAUAACCAAUUAUAGCUUUAAGAAUAAAGAUGUAUCCUAGUUUGUAUCAUUUUUCGUGUAAAAGAA